CCACCCAAGUGACCCAACUGCCACGGUGCCAAGCCACCCCCAAAAGCAACAGUGGACUGCAAAGACAAAGUGUAAAGAGCAAUGUGCAUAUACUGUACUUGUUUUUUUAUCUCAUUUCAUUCAAAUUGAUUUUCAAUUACCAUAGAAACAUAUACGCGGACACUCACGUUCAUAUCAACAUUAUAAGCUCCAAUCAAAUAUUCAACUUCAAUCUUAAAAAUGACUCGACGCGACAGGCCGACCAGAGAGGAAUGGACUCCCACUCGUGAAGAGUACGCCCAGACAUGGAAAGAGUCUCGCCUAUCUAUCCCACCUUUCAUACGAAUACCGGCUGCAGCCGUGGCAGCCUUUGGUAUUGGCAUGUGUUUAGGCCUUGCGCAUGGUAGUAAGAUGGCAGGACUGCGAUACAGGGCUGAGCAUGCCCACCGACUCCCUACUACUACCACUGGCUGGUAUUUAUACCACAAGAGCAAGAAUUAUCACUUAGCACUUGGUGGGUUGAAAGAGGGCAUGAAGAAUGGGGCCAGGCUUAGCAUUUUGAGCACUGCUAUAUUUUGCGCCGAGAACUUAUUCGACGUAUAUCGAGGGACCAGAGAUAUGUUCAGCACUGUUAUGGCUAGUCUUGCAGUGGCUGGUGGCUUCAGCUUCUGGAAUCGCUUUUCUGCGGCAGAAACUGCCAGAACCGCUAGAAAGGGUCUCAAGUUUGGGCUUGCAUACGGAGCAAUCCAGGACGUCAUGUCUCUUGCCAAAGGCCGACCUGUCGGAUACAUUGAAUUUAUCCGAAGACAAAUCGGGAAAGCCACCCAGCUUGAGGAGAAGACGACAUGAGUUAUCGUGCCGAUCCUUUGAAACUAGCCAAAGGAAAUGAUAACACCGAAUACCUAAGCCGUUGCAAGGUCACGGGUUUCUCUACCAUCAACUUUUAUCGCUGGAUACUGCGGCUCCUUGGAUAGGAUUUCCAACGUAACCGCACCAAGCAGCUUACCGUUUCAUCGGGCUGCGGGGUUUUCUAUUACAACACGAAACCUAUUUGUGAGGUGAGAAGCCUAAAGUUAGGUGCCUUGACUGAUACGAUCAAAGUCAGAAGGUCAUAUUUCAGGGAAAAAGAACAGAAAAAAACAUAAGCCCGGAUCAACAACAAUAUAUGAGCCCCGCUUGGGAAAUGCAGGUUACGUUAUAAUUUACUGCAUAAUAUUUCAUCGGCGUCGGCCAACAUCGCAACUUCGAAGCUUUUUGCGACAAAUAAUGUCUAACUAGGUAUGUCCGGGGUGGUCUAGCUAAGCUUGGCUUAGAAAGGGUACCCCACGCCGGCCCGCAGGCCUCGAACCAUCCAGAUCGUACAUACUAUGUUGUAGUAAGGGGGUCACAGCUUGUUACAUACAGCUUGUUCCUACUACAUUCGGCUCAAGCAGAAGCUAGGCAAACCCGUUCGCCUGACCUUUCCAUGCCCACGGCUAGUUUUGUAGUAGAAGCC